AAAGUGUAGGCGGCCAUUGCAGAGUUCACCUUGUAAAAUCUUGUAUAUAAGUUCAGGAAAACUACAGACAAUUACAAGCUCUACUGGACACCAUAGACGAAGAGUUUCUUCUGUAGCAGAUACGGCAGUAAUCUAUAUCCAGGUAACGAAAUGUCUUCCGAUCUUACAAAUGCCAACCUGUUCCUGACAACAGCCUUGCUAGUUCUAGUUCUUGGUGUCACGCAGACGAAUGGGGUCCCAACCAAGGUGUGCACCUCUUUUGAUCGGCCUCACGCUCGUGGCAUUUGCGGCUCCCGACUGCCGGACACGGUUCAGGCCCUGUGCAGUAUCUAUUCUCAGAGAACCAGAAGAGACACUAUGUCAGAGCCAGUUGAUUCAUUAGCGGACAUCUCGCUUAAUAAACCAAACGCAUUGUCGUUCUUGAACAAAAGAGAGUCUGGCAUGAACAUUGUUUGCGAAUGCUGCAUAAACCGAUGUGACAUUUACGAAAUGCUGGAUUACUGCCAAUCCGGAUAACUCUACAGGAAACGUCAAAUUCUUAAAUAAAAUGUGUAAACUCAA